AUGAUGGAUACACUGAAAAAAAUUAACCUAUUUUCAAACUUUAAAACGCUAAAUGCAAGUAAACCUCCUCUCGCAUCAGCAUUCUUAAAACCCUCCUCAAUUAACUAAUCUAGAGAUUAAUCUAGACAAAUUCUUUCAGUGUCACAGAUGUCCUCUGAAAAGAAUUUUCCUUAACCAGGUUCUGAUUCAUCUCCUUUGAGUUAGCCAGCAUUAUCGUUUAUUGGUGCUUAAAAAGAUGAUUCACUGAAAACUAGAACUGAGUUACUUUUAAAAGAUGUAUUAAAAAAGGAGAAAAAAAAUCAAGUUACAAAUAUCGAUAUCAGGAUUAAAAGUAUGAAGUAACACAUAUUACAAAGGCUAAAUAUAUCUCCUACUACCAAAAUUAAAUCAAUUCCCGAGAAGUAUAACAGAUAAUAUGAAAGACUUUUAGAUCGAGAAAAUCGGUUUAAAGAAUUUGAUGAUAUAAUGAAUUCAGAAAAAAGGAUAAAGCUUGAGAUAGAAAAAGAGCUAGGAGAUUUGAAGGUCAAAUAAAUAGCUGAUUUUUAUAAUCUGCUCGAGAAGAUUAAACAUAGAAUUUGCUAGGUUUCCAAGUGGGGGAGAAUUAGAGGAAUUAUAUUAAGUUCUGUAAGACUAAUGACUUAUGUAAAGGAAAUAAGAGCUAUAAGAAUGAAGUUCAAAAUAGAACUUCAAACUAUCCUAAGUAAACUUAUUUAGAUCUAUAGCGAGGUCAUGAGAACUUGGAUGAUUAAUCAUAUGAAAGCUUUUAUUAUGCAUCUAGUUGAAAAUAAAGAAUUGAAUCUUAACUAUACUGAGGGAGGUAUAACCCCUAAGGAAAUUCAAUAUUGA